CCGACUGAUCCGCCUCCUCUCUCUGCCCUGACUUGCCUGUGUGUGUGGGGAUAUGACACGUAACUUUGUCCCUUUCAGAGACGUGACCAGGCAGCAAACCUCCACCUGGGGCAGGGAGACUUUUCUGACCCCCUGUCCACAUCCAAAAUCCGUUUUAUUCUGAAAUUUUUUGCAGCAUGGAGGCCAGAGACGCGACUGCAGGUUCGCUUGUAAGCAGUGAUGGAGAGGAACAAACUGCAAAGGAGGAUGCAGCUCCUACAAAAGAUACACCGCAGACCAAAGGCAAGUUCGAGAAGAUCUUUGGGUUCAGAAGAGAGGACCUGACGUCCUGGGACAGCCUGGUGACCCUCCUGAACCGCCCCUCUGACCCCGCAUCCCUGGGCAUCUUCCGCUGCUUGUUUGGUUUGCUGAUGGUUAUCGACAUCACUCAGGAACGUGGCCUCAGUCACCUGGACUAUAAAUUCAUGGAUGGAGCCCCUGUGUGCCGCUUCCCCCUCUUUAAUUUCUUAAAGCCGCUGCCGCUGGAUUGGAUGUAUCUGGUGUAUGUGGUGAUGUUCUUUGGCGCUUUGGGCAUCAUGCUCGGCUGUUUCUACCGUCUCUCCGGCCUCAUGUUCAUCUCGUCUUACUGGUACGUCUUCUUUUUGGAUAAAACGGCCUGGAACAAUCACUCGUACCUCUACGGCCUCAUCGGGUUUCAGCUCACACUCAUGGAGGGCAACAGAUACUGGUCAAUCGAUGGAUUGCGGAGGCCUUCAAUAAGAAAUGCUCAGGUGCCUCUGUGGAAUUACACCAUUUUGAGGACACAGAUAUUCAUUGUAUACUUCCUUGCUGGAAUCAAAAAGUUGGAUGCUGAUUGGGUGGAGGGAUACUCAAUGUCAUACCUGGCUCACCAUUGGCUCUUUGAUCCUUUCAAAGUAAUUCUCCCUGUGGAGUUAAUAAACCUGCUGGUGGUGCAUGGAGGUGGUCUUAUUCUGGAUCUGUCCGCUGGUUACCUGCUGUUUUUUGAUGCCACACGACCUUAUGGAAUUUUCUUCGUCUCCUACUUCCACUGUAUGAAUUCGCAGCUUUUCAGCAUUGGGAUGUUUUCCUACACUAUGCUCGCCACCAGUCCCAUCUUCUGCUACCCUGACUGGCCGAGGAGAUUCUUCGCACGUUUCCCAGCAUUCCUCAGUGCAGUCCUGCCAAUCACCUCUACGGACCCUCAGCCCAGCACCUCCUGUGUUUACAAUGAGAUCCAAAGCACUAGCACCGAGCGCCAGGAGACCCCGACUGUCCCAAAAGCUUCCAAAAUGAGACUAAAGCACAAGCUUGGAGCCAUUUUCACUAUUCUCUACAUUAUGGAACAGUUCUUCCUGCCUUACUCCCACUUCAUCACGCAGGGUUACAACAACUGGACCAAUGGCCUGUACGGCUACUCAUGGGACAUGAUGGUUCACUCCCGCAGCCAUCAGCAUGUUAAGAUCACCUACAAAGAUGGAAAAACUGGGGAAAUUGGUUAUCUUAACCCAGGGGUUUUCACACAAAGCCGUCGCUGGAAAGACCACGGAGACAUGCUGAAGCAGUAUGGGACGUGCCUCAAUGAGUUCCUGCCCCGCUAUAACAUCUCUGAACCAGAAAUCUACUUUGACAUCUGGGUGUCCAUCAAUGAACGCUUCCAGCAAAGGAUUUUUGAUCCUCGUGUGGACGUGGUGAAAGCCGAUUGGUCUCCUUUCCGACCGAACGCGUGGCUGAUGCCUCUCCUGGUGGACCUCUCACCUUGGAGGACUAAGUUUCAGGAGAUCGAGGGAAGUUUGGACAAUCAGACUGACAUCGUUUUUAUUGCUGAUUUCCCAGGUCUCAACUUAGAAAACUUUGUAAGUGAGGAUCUGGGCAACACCAGCAUUCAUGUGCUGCAGGGCAAAGUGAACGUGGAGGUAGUAGAGGAGAAGAAGAACUACACCCUCACACCUGGAGAGCAGAUAAAGGUACCUGCUGGGGCUUACCAUAAGGUGUACACAGUGUCAGAGGGCCCGUCCUGCUACAUGUACAUCUACGUCAACACCACAGAGACAGCACUACAGGAGAACUUCACCAAACUGUUCGAGCUUCAGGAGCGAGUCCGCAACGGGACAGAAACCGAGCCCCUCCCUCCUGAGCUGCAGCCUCUCAUCACUGCAGACGAUGAGGGGUCAGAGGUCAACUCCACAGACCCCAUCGUGCAGCUGUUCCUGAAGAGGCAGCGCCGCAUGAAGGAGGUGAAGAAGCGCAGGGAGGCCGGAGCAGUGGAGCGGCUGCAGCGCUUUGCAGUGAAGAAGUACUACACCAUCCGGAGGGGCCUCCUGAUGACAGCCAUCGCUCUGAGGAACCUGGCGGUGGGCCUCCCUCCUCUGGAACAGCUGACCAGAGAAGUGGCCUUCGCCAACAUGAAGGCGCCCCAGGCCGAGGGGAACCAGGACGAUCCGCUGAAAGAUGAAGUCGGUCAUGGAGAACUUUAAAGGCUGGGAUGGACUAACUGUUUUGAAUGGCUGGAUCACACAACAGAGGAGUUUGUGGUUUCUACCGGAAUGUUACUGGGACGUCGCUGCCCGGAAAUCAAAGCUAAUUUUAUAUGCUUCUGAAAUAUUUCUCAUUUCCGAUUAUCUCGGAUUGUAAAGCCAGUAUUUUAUUAUAGCAUUUGUUCACACAGUGGACGUUUCUUUUUUCGCUGCAGCAAAACCAAAACGCUGAUUAAUAACGGAUAACGCUGCGUCUCUGUGCUAGAUUACAUUUCCUGUUUAAUUUUGUUUAAGAAUUUUUAUAAUUGCAAUUAUGGCUGGGUGACAUGACCAACAA